GCUGGCGUUAAUGUGCACUUCUGUGUACCUUGAACUCAUAUGAUUAAUGUAAAUUUAAGCAGUGUAUAACAUUUUCUGGGAUAUUAAGUACGCUGUCUUGACCCUGUACCCACUGCGUAGCUGUAGCCUCUCGUCCAAUGAGAAAGAUUUGUCAACGGUGGCUUUAAAAGUGUAUCCUUUGACGUUAGUUAGUCCGUAGUCUUGGUAAGGACACGGUAUCUAUACUUUUUGUACUUUAUAUUGUCGUCGAGAAGGUUUAGGGAAAGAAUGAAGUCGUUUCGUUUCCCGGGUCGGCAUGGUUACGCGGUGGAGGUCUCUCCGUUCUUUCCCGACAGACUGGCCUGUGCGAGCGCCCAGUACUACGGUAUAGCAGGGUGUGGAACAUUACUUGUGCUGGAACAGAGGGGAUCGGACGUAUCUCUUUUAACAUGUUUUGACUGGAACGAUGGUCUUUUUGACGUGACGUGGAGUGAGAAUAAUGAACACAUCCUGGUGACUGGAGGAGGAGAUGGGUCCUUACAGAUCUGGGACACAGCCAACCCUCAUGGUCCACUCCAGGUUCUGAAGGAGCACACACAGGAGGUAUAUGCAGUGGACUGGAGUCAGACCCGUGGGGAGAACUUGGUUGUGUCAGGCUCCUGGGAUCACACAGUGAGAGUGUGGGAUCCAGAGCAGAGUCGAUGUGUGGGCGUGUUUCAGGGUCAUGAAGGAGUCCUGUACAGUACAGUCUGGUCCCCUCACAUACCUGCCUGCUUCGCCUCCACUUCAGGUGACGGUACUUUGCGAGUCUGGGAUGUGAAGAUAGGAUCGUGUAGACUGGCCAUUCCCGCCCAUAAGGCUGAAAUCCUAAGCUGUGAUUGGUGCAAAUAUGACCAGAACGUGGUGGUGACUGGUGCGGUGGACUGUAGCCUGUGUGUGUGGGACCUGCGGAAUGCUCACCAGCCUGUCACUCAGAUGCUGGGCCAUAACUACGCUAUCCGCAGAGUGAAGUUCUCACCGUUCCACCAAACCCUGCUGGCAUCCUGCUCAUAUGACUUCACUGUCAGGCUGUGGGACUACGCCAAGAGCCAACCCCUGCUGGACACACUGGAACACCACUCAGAGUUUGUGUGCGGCCUGGACUUCAAUCUGCACAUCCCUGACCAGGUGGUGGACUGCUCCUGGGACGAGACAGUGAAAAUCUAUACCCCACCUUGCCUGGUCUCUCCACAGCCCGCUAUGCCAUAGAGACAGAUAAUUACUGUGCUGCUAGAAGCAGAGGGGGAGUUGGGCUCCCCUUGAACUGAUGCAGAGUUUUCCAGAGCCUCACUGCAGUUUUCCUAAUGACUCCAUUAAAAGGUGGCGCAGGGGACACAUCACAAUCACACCCCGGCGGCAGAGUCAGGUUAUAA